AGCAGCAGCUCUCAGCAGAUCGGAACUUUGCACCAAAGAUGAAGAACAUUUGGUCAAAAUUCCCUCUCAAACAACUCAGCACCUACGUCGCGAUCAUUGUGAUUUUUAUUCACAAUAAUGUGCUUGACAAGGAUUUGCAGUGCUCGUGCAAAAAACCAACUCGUGACUGCGAUUUUUACAUGACUAUGCCGUUUUUUAUUGUAUUUGUUUUACAACUCUGGACGGACAGGACAUUUCAGAGAACCUGGACGUAUACGUGCAAGUUUUUCUGGGUUUUAUUUUAUCACAUUAUCAAGGCGGCUUUCAUCGGUCUGCUGUGGGUUGUAUCUGUGUUAAUCGAUGGGCACUGGUAUGUUUGCUGUCAAAAUGAUCAGUCUAACAAACAGAAAUAUUUAGCCUGCAAAGCCAAGAAUGAAAUCACAGCUGAGGAACAACAAAUCAUCACUGAACUGAAGAACGAGUCCUGGAUUAUUGGUAUCUCUCUUCUCUUUGGUACCCUUUGUGCGGCUGCCUUAAUGUCAUCGUUUGGAAAGCAUUGUUUUAAGAAUUCAGCGUGCUGCAACAGAAAAAAUCUAUAUCUCAAAGUGAUUUUGGACGAGGAGAAAAAUGUGCUGAAAGAGGUUUUGACAAAAGCAGCGAAAGACGCUUUGACUGAAAAAGUCGAGAACAAAAUACGAAGCGAACAGUGGGAAGGCUGUUUUGAUGUUGCUAAAAAUCUGAUUAAAGAAGAUUCCACUCGGCCGACACUCAGAGCAGCAGAAAACCAGGAGCAACAACAGCAACAACGGACGGAACAACAGUCGGAGCAACAGCAGCAACCCAGAAGAACUGAUCCCACUCAACCAAGACGUCCUGAAGCAGUAGGAGGGAACCAGGUAAAGUACCAACACCUGUUGGCUCCAUGUUGAGCUUCAUAAAGACCCAUGUUGUCUGAACAGAGCUGAAGAUCUUCUGUGUUUGUCUCAUUCAUCACCACUAAUAAAUCAGAGUAAUGUUCUGUUUAGAUCACAGUUAGCGUGCUCUCCAAAGUCUCUGCUGUUAUGUGCUGUGAGUCAAAGAUGAAAUUCUUUUCUGUUGUUGUGAAGUUACACCAACACAGUUUAACCUUUUAUAUUAAGUAAGCACUAAAACGCAUUAGUGAGAGUGUUUCAUUAUAACAGAACACAUGUUCAGGCUGUGUUCUGGCUGCCGGCCAAAGUGAUCACAUUGUUCUGCUCACAUGUGACUCAGAUCAGAUUUGUUUAUCACAGUGUGAACAGCCCAAGUCACGUUGAAUCUGAUCUCUCCAGUUCAGAUUUUGGCCAAAUCAGAUACGAGUCAGAUAUUUUGAAAUGCAACCUCAGCCUGAACAGUCAGAUCAGAGUUUAUGCAACUCUGUAGACUCUAGUGUGACCGUUCUCACAACAAGGAACACUAACGAACCAGCGGUAUCGAUGACCCGGGAUAACGACCCCACUGAGGUUAAAUAGCUGAGUUUCCCUGCCAGUCAGUCAGAACUGAAGAAGUCCUUUGGAUGAGGGAC